GCUGUGAGCAGGCCGCGGUAACGUCAGCGCUCGCGGUGCUUGCGGCCAGUUUGAAUCGGGGACGGAAAGCGACCCGGAGAGAGUUGUUGCGAGUGGGGCUGCGGCGAGAGAAGCUACCGAGAACGAAACGCAAAGCGGAGCGCCAGCCGUAAGCGGAGCCACCAUGAGCAGAGCCGCCAGAAGGCAGAGCGAGGUGGUGGCGGCCGAAGUCGUGGCGGUCCUAACUGAAGGCAUGGCGACGCUGCAGGACAUUUGGGAGGAAAUCGGAAUCCCAGAGGAGCAGCGCCUGGAGCGUACCCGUGUGGCCAAAAAGUACAUCAAGGAGCUUCUGGAUGAGAUGGUGGCAGAGGAGGAGAACUUGAAGGAGCGUCUUCUGAAGCCUCCUGCCGCGGUGCCGUCGCCACCUAUGGCUAUGUAUCCAGGGGGAGCUCCGGAACAUUGACUGCAACCUUUAGUAAAUUAUUUUUCGAAAUUA